AUGGGAACGCCAGAGUAUUGGCUGGAGUGGUACGCCAAUGCGUUGGAAACGUCGACGGAAGCGAAACGCGCGAAUCGAGAUUUCCGGGAGGUCGGAGAGUUCAAAGGAACGUCGCUACCUGUGGAAGGGCGCAAGUUCAUGCGGAACGUGUGUGUAGGACUUGAUGGAACUACCGCCUCGGUCUCUUGGAACCCCGAAAAGGAAGCAGGAACGCUGUUUAGAUGGCGUUCCAUAAUUCGUAAUCGAGUAUACGAACUCCUUAAACGGGAAUGGAACAUGGAAAAGAGUCCUCAUCGAGGAGGCCCGAGGGCCUUAGAGAACGAUGGAGCCGAGGACUACGUUCCACCGUUACGGGACAAGGAGGACAAAGAUUGUCUGGAUGAGGAGUUGCUACGCGGAUACCUAGUUGAAGUGGGAGGAACGCAAAAUGUGGCGUUCCUGGAUCGGGCUGACAAUCCAGAGAUAGUGGACCCGGGCGCGACGAGCAUCGCAAAAAAAAGGCGGAAAAAGGUGACCUUUCAUUUGCCGACCGAGGAAGGAGGGGCCGCAGUUGCCGAAGAGGCACCCGAUGUUUAUUGGGUGAGCACGGGGAAAGCCCCAAGGAGGCCAAGAAGGCCUGGGCUGCGCGAAGAAGACGCCGGUGAUGACGAGGAAGGCGACGACGACGUCGUGCCCCAGUGCAAGCGAGUCAUUGGCAGCGUCGGGGGUUUGCAGGCCCUAUCGGACGGUUACAUCGACUGCUGCCCGUCGGAGAUGCUGGCAGACACGGGCGCCAUAGCGAGUCUAGUCGACAGAAGGGUGAUGAGGCGUCUGGGGCGUGACUCAGAGCCACUCCGGCCCUACUGUGGAACACUAGACAGUGUAUCAGGGCACGCGAUCCGCGUCCGUGGAGUGAUUGACCUUCCGGUGACACUCGGAACGCUGGAGAAGACGCUUCCUUUUGUAGUGACCGACCACUUUUUCGUGGAUGCGAUCAUUGGAACAGAUUCGUUGAAGACGUUUCGUGCUGUGAUAGACCUCGAGGAACAGUCGAUGCUGAAGGAAACAGGGGACGUGAUCCCCUUGGGCGUGGCGAGGGUGGAAGAGACGUAUGCCGCCAAGAUAUCGUCGUCAGUACGGCUGGGACCGGGUCGCCAAGCUCUCGUGCGGUCAAGUGUUCGAGGAGCUGUGAAGGACAAGUCGGUCGUGCUAGUCGAGGGCGUUCCAGAGGCGGAAAAUUCGCUGAGAGUCGCUCGGACGCUGUGCACGGUGACAAACGGAACGGUUCUGGUCGAGGUGUGCAAUGCUUCUACAGAAGAGGUGGAAGUCGAGUCUGGAGCUUACCUCGCUGCUGUGACUGUUGUGCCAGAGUCGGCCUUCACUACUGAAGCACCAGAGCGAGAGGGAACGCCGAAGAACAUCAGUGCGGUAUUAAGCGCCUCUAGUAAGAACGCCGAGACUCGGGUUGAGACGGAAGAGGCGGAAAUGACCGCGGCGAUGAAGAACAGAGAUGACGAUGACUUUGAGGUGGACUUCCAAGACUCAUCGUUAGGGGCGGAACAGAGGACACUUUUCGUGGAAAUGCUGAAGGACAUGCGAGAUCUGUUCGUCGAGACCUCCAAGAAGCCUGGGAGGACUGAACUUCUGAGGUUCAGCAUUGACACGGGAACGCAUGUGCCGAUAAAGCAGCCCCCGUACCGGGCCUUCAACGAGCCCGUGGCGAGUCCCGUGCUUAUGAUAAGGAAGACCGACGGUGGUAUUAGAUUCUGUAUCGACUACAGGAAAUUGAACGCUGUCACGGUGAAGGACAGCUACCCCAUGCCGUUGAUAGACGACAUCUUGGAUGUUCUGGGGAACACCAAACUCUUCUCGACCAUGGAUAUCGCCUCUGGAUAUUCCAAUGGAUCCAGACAGUGUGGAAAAGACGGCGUGCACAAGUAA